AUGAAAACUAACCGAAAGCUCAAGAAAUCAGAUCCAUCGUCAUCCAAGCUUCUUUUGAAAGAGAUCAUCGGAUUAACUACGAAGAACGCCAACGGAUUAGCUUCCACCGUAUCAACAUCCAGCUUCGUUUACGUCGCCGGUUGCGUUGCGGUGGUGUACGAUGCGGAAUCUGGAACCCAAUCACAUCUUAUGCUCUCUCAUCGAAUACCUAAACCUUUGUGCUGCGUCGCCAUGUCGCGUGAUGGUCGCUUCGUAGCUGCUGGAGAGUCAGGGCCUCAACCUUCGGUGUUGGUAUGGGACAGCGUUACUCAUGCCUUCAUAUCUGAGCUGAAAGGUCAAUACGGAGUUGAGUGCAUUGCCUUCUCACCUGAUGGGAAACAUCUGGUGUCUGUUGGAGGGUAUAUUUAUCUUUGGGAUUGGAGGAGUGGGAUUCUGGUUACCAAGCUUAAAGCAAGUUCAUCAUGUUCUGCAGUUACGUCUGUCACUUUCUCUUCAGAUGCGAAUUACGUUGUUACUGCUGGAAAGAAGCACCUGAAAUUCUGGGCAGUUGGUGCAUCUCCAAGGACUCGCAUGAACAAGACAGUGUCACUGUCUAUUCAAUCGAAGCCUAUUAAUCUUGGUCCUCAGAAAGGCAGUUCAUUUAUAUCUGUCUCAUCCGCCAUCUGGAAAGAGGAUAGUGUUGUGAACUGUGAUCAAGUUGAUGAGCUCUUUCCAAUAUACGCACUGACUGAUGCAGGAGUUCUAUGCCUCAUAGAUUCUGGGCUGUCAUUAAGAAAUUCUGUUGAUUUAAAGGUUGAAAAAGGAUUUGCACUAUGUGCAUCCAGCAAGUUAAUUGCUUGUGCAUGUAGCAACGGACAAGUACAACUCUUCAAUGUUCAUAAUCUUGGAUAUGUGGGAAGCCUAUUGUACUCUAAGGCCAAAUCAUGUCAUGGAGAAAUUGAUCCUUCUUGCCAUAAAUCCAGUGAAAAUAAUUGUCCAUCAGCCCCUACUCUUCCUGAUGCAGUUGCUUGUCAGUUCAUCUCAGAAAAGCUUGUUGUUGUCUAUGGAGAUCAUAGUCUUCAUAUAUGGAAUUUCCAUCAAGAGAAUGAGGCUACCAGGUCCUUAGCUCUUAUUUCUCAUUCAGCUUGUAUAUGGGAUAUCAAGAAUCUCUGUUGUGAAAAAAUGCACGAUCCAUCUCUUACGUGUGCAGCAAAGGGAUGUUCUGGAGGAAUCUCCUUUGCAACCUGUUCAGCUGAUGGCACAGUUAGGUUAUGGGAUCUUGUCUCACAACCUGAUUUAUCAAGGGAUACUGCUGACAAUAUUUAUUUGAUCACUGAAUCAGAGGGAAUUAACAUAGUGACUGCUGGAAGUUUUGAGAUCACCACCGGGGAUACAUCUUUUGGCAAUCAAGGUUUGCGAUCAAUGGCAAUUAGUUCAGAUGGAAAAUACAUGGCUGUUGGCGGUUGUGAGGGAAACCUCCAUAUCUAUGAUCUUCACAAUUCUGAGUAUACAUGCAUUAAGGAUUCUCAUGAUGCAGAGAUUCUUUCAUUGAGUUUUAGCUUAUCAAGUACAAAGGAUAUAGACUCUGGAGGAAAUGACAAUCAUUACUUGCUUGCUUCUGGGGGACGAGAUCGAAUAAUCCAUCUUUAUGAUGUUAAAAGGAAUUUUGAGCUCAUUGAAAGUAUUGAUGACCAUUCAGCUGCCGUGACUUCUAUUCAACUUGCUUGCAAUGGAUGUAAGAUUCUGAGUUGCAGUGCAGAUAGGUCCCUUGUCUUCCGUGAUGUCCAUUUAACUGAUAGCAGAUGUAAGGUUUCUCGUCGUCACCAUCAAAUGGCAUCUAAUGGGACUGUCUAUGAUAUGUCUGUAGAUCCGGUGACAGAAGUUGUUGUCACUGUUGGGCAGGAUAAGAAGAUAAAUAUAUUUGACAUUUCUAGUGGAAAACUUAUUAGAUCAUUCAAGCAAAACAAAGAUUUGGGUGACCCAAUAAAGGUUACAAUGGACCCUAGCGGCAGCUACUUCGUAUGUUCGUUUUCAAACAAGUCUAUAUGCGUGUAUGAUUUUAUAAGUGGUGAGAUGACUGCCCAAGCUGUAGGACAUGGAGAAGUUGUGACCGGUGUCAUUUUUUUACCAGAUUGCAAGCAUAUAGUUUCUGUAGGUGGUGAUGGUUGUAUUUUUGUGUGGAAACUUCCCACUCGCUUGGCUUCCAGGAUGCUACAGAAAGUGAAGGAAACAUCUCUUUUAUUGUCUCCAAGAACCCUAUACAUGCCAGUUGCUUUUACUCGAACCACAAUUUGUGGAGAGGAAAACAAGUCAUGUAGUUCCAAGAUUUCACAGCUAGCUGAAAGGUGCAACCAACAUAAACAAAGAGCGAAUUAUCAUGGAUGGGAUUCCCAAGAGACUUAUGCAUUUAGAUUAAGCAUUUCUAGACUUCCAAAAUGGGCACAAGACAAAGUAACAAGCACUGAUUUUGUCCGGAGAAAUCUUGAGAUCACUUCACCUCAGCAAAUGCAAGUAGACCCAAAAAUUUCAUCACCUUUGAUUAGCAGUGGUGAGGACUAUGGUUCAUUGAGCCAUGAACACCAAACAGCAUCUGAUCGUUGCUCAGGAGGCAGCAAUUCGUGCCUUAGUGACAUAUGCAGAAGUGCUUCCAAUGCUACUACUGAAACCCAAAGUUCUGCAUCACCAGAUAAACUAGUUCGCAGCUCUGCAGCGGAAGAUCAUUGGUUCACUGUCUACAAUGUACAUCUGGAUCUACUAGAUUCCCCAGAGGUGCAAAAUUUUAAAGACAUAAAGAUGCCAGUGUCAUCACCAAAACUAGGUAAACCCAAGUUUUUUCCCCUUGAAAUCGAUGUUCUUUUAUUGCUCUACUUGCAAGGCCUCGCUGAUGAGAUGCCAAAUGAGAGUGAACAUUCUUUGGGUCACAGGGACCAUUUCAUUGAUGACGAGCAAAGUGCCAUGGAUGUUAAUACUUUCCAUGUGAAGUCUGAGGACAGUGAUCUGUUCAAGGAGCAUUUUGGCAACCUAUCUGCAACACUCGAGGUUGAGAAAAGGCAAUCAUCUACUAGGAGAAGGUACUCUUCGCAAUAUUUUGUACGGCGGGAUUAUCUAGUGGGCUGCAAAAGACUUUUUAACCCGUUCAUGCAAAAGAACGAAUCCACCUCAAAUAUAACUUUGGAGGAAGUAGCAGGCUCUAUUGAUCAGGACCUAAAUUGUUCCGUUUCCCUUGAUGAAAAGGAUGAAGAAGGUUCAUCAACCAUUGAAGAAGAAUCCGAGGCUCCGAAGCAACACGUUAAUGAACAAACUGAAGUACAGGAGAAAAUAACAGCAUGUAAAGAAGCAUUAAUCAGCCUGGACAUUGCAGCCGAGAAUGUUUUCAAGCUGUUUACGAAAUUAAGAACAGAAACUUCCAUGGAAGAGUCUUCGAGUGGAUCCCGAGUUGAAUUAUACGAUGAAGCAAAGGAGCUGAUGCCAAAAAUUGCAGAAAAAAUCAAUUCAAUAGCCAAAGUGGUACAAAAUAACACCACCAGCGACGUUGCUUCAUCCACAUUUGAACCAUUGUUAGGAACACUGGCGGAGAGCCUAUCGCAAAGAGUUGUAGAAAUAGUAAAACAGAAUCUUAGCUCCGUUUAAUUGCACGACC